GAUAAUCGACGUCUAUGGAUCUAGAGUCAGCUAUUGCUAUUAAGUAUAUAUUUUUUUGAAUAGCAACACUUUUAAAUUGACAUGUCGCCAUUUUUAUAAUCUGUCAUUCUUUUUUAAUUUGAUUCUUUGCCGUGUCGUUUCGGCGAAGAGUGCCAGAAUGAAGUACAAUAGGCUGGUAACUUCCUCAAGGAGGAAAAACAGGAAGCGUCACUUUAGCGCACCUUCACACAUUCGCAGAGUGUUGAUGUCGUCUCCACUUUCCAAAGAAUUGAGACAGAAAUUCAACGUUAAAUCUAUGCCCAUCCGUAAAGACGACGAAGUACAGGUUGUACGUGGUCACUACAAGGGCCAGCAGGUUGGCAAAGUAGUGCAGGUGUACCGAAAGAAGUUUGUGGUGUACAUUGAGAGGAUCCAGAGAGAAAAGGCGAGCGGAGCUACAGCGUAUGUGGGCAUCCAUCCCUCAAAGUGUGUUAUCGUCAAGUUAAAGAUGAACAAAGACCGCAAAGCCAUUCUGGACCGCAGAGCGAAGGGCAGGCUGGCGGCGCUCGGCGGAGACAAGGGCAAAUACACAGAGGAAACUGCCACCGCGAUGGAAACCUCGUGAACAUAGAUUUAAGAAUAAUUAAAAUACAUAAAAUUCUAUAA